AUGGCCCGCUGGGAAGACAUUAGAGAGGACUUAUUUGAGGCCAUCCUACAAGCCCAGGUCCCUAUCACUAAGGACCAGCAAGCCGAGAUUGUCAAAAUCAUGAAGGAGAAGGGCUAUGACAUUAGCUGGAAUGCUAUUCGGCUCGAGAAGGAAGGCAUUCUAUCUCGCCGCCAGGAAAGCAAGUGCUUUGACUCGGCGGCUUCAGCGGUCUCGGCGGUCUGA